AUGGUACCAACUCCUAAAACACCUAAAACACCUAAAACGCCUAGAAGUAAAAAAGUUAUGUCUUUAGCAGACAAACUUAAAAUUUUGAAUCUCAUCCGAGAUGGUGAAAAAAUAGCUUGUAUUGCGAAAAUAUUCAGUGUCAACGAAUCAACUAUUCACUCUAUUCGGACGAACGAGGACAAAAUUCGAAGCAGCUCUGAGAUAUUAGGCCAACAUGCGACUUCGGUAAAAGUUGUUCGACGAAAUACACUCGAGAAAACUGAAGAGAUGUUGUUGAUUUGGUUACAAGAUUUGAUCCAUAAAAAAAUACCAGUCUCUACAGCAGCUAUAAGAGAUCAAGCCAUUCAGUACCACAACUAUUUGAAUACAAAAUACGAAAGAAAUGACGCUUCACAGUUUGAAAUUUGCAGGUUAGUAGUGUCGUUAUUAAUCGUGAAAGUGCAAGUGCAGACCACGAGGCUGCUCGCCACUUUCCUCCAAUACUUCAAGAAACUAUUUCUGAAAAAAAAAUACGUGCUGGAUCAAAUAUUCAAUUGCGAUGAAACGGGAAUUUUUUGGAAAAGGAUGCCGAAUCGUACGUGGAUUGCAAAAGAAGAAAAACGGGCUCCGGGAUUCAAAGUCGCUAAAGAUCGCUUCACUCUUUUAUUCUGCGCAAAUGCCUCAGGAGGUUUCAAAUGUAAACCAAUGCUGGUUUAUCGUGCCGAAAAUCCAAGAGUUUUAAAAGGAAAAAACAAAGAUCACCUUCCUGUUUAUUGGAAAUCAAAUAAGACUGCUUGGGUUACACAAGUAAACUUUGAACAGUGGUUCAAAGAAUCUUUUAUACCUAAUGUGAAGCAAUACUUGUUGAAAAAAAAUUUAGCGUUCAAAGUGCUAUUAUUGCUAGACAAUUGCAAAAGUCAUCACAGCAUAGCCGAUAUUCAUCCUGACGUAGAAGUCAUGUUUUUUCCGACGAAUACAACUUCUCUCAUUCAACCUAUGGACCAAACCGUGAUUGCGACUUUCAAAGCCUAUUAUUUGAGAAGAGUCAUGAAAAAAAUGCUACAAGAAGUCAAUCAUCAUCGCACUUGUGACGGUUUCGAUUCCACCUACGUUGUCAAAAUGUUUUGGAAAAAAUUUUCUAUUCUCGAUGCCAUCUCUUUGGUUGAAGAAUCAUGGACAGAAGUUAAACCUACGACUGUGAGUGCUAGCUGGAAAAAAAUUUUGUCGACCGUCGAUGCUGAGACAGCCGUUGUGCCAGAAUAUCAAGAACCCGUGCAAUCAAUCAUUCAUUUAGCUCGAGAAGUUGGAGGUGAAGGUUUUGAAGACCUUCAUGAACCCGAAAUUUUAGAGGAACUUGUGAUGCCAGUCAGAACAGAUCUCAGCGCUGAAGAAGCAGAAGAGCUUAUUGUGCCAUUGCCUCAAGACAAUCUUCAAGACAAUAAAGACGUAGUUCCAACUGUAUUUGGAGGAACAGUAAUUUUAGAAAUUAUAAAUUUAUUAAAAACAGCUAAGGAAACAGCUAUAGAACGUGACCCAAUAGUAGUUCGGAGUCUCAAUUUUAAGCAUAACUGUGAAAAGGCAGUCGAAGUUUAUGAAGAUUUAUAUAAAGAUGCGUUGAGACGUGCAAAACAAUCUCGUUUGACAGACUAUUUCAAAUCCAAUUGA